CGGGGCGAGAGCGCCUGCGCAGUGAGGGUGACGCCGGGAGCGGGGUAUUGGAUUGUGGAGGAACCUGUUUGACGGAGCAGGACGGAAAGUUCCGAAAUAACUAAUGGGGGAAAGGAAAGGUGUGAAUAAGUAUUACCCACCUGACUUUGAUCCUGUCAAGCAUGGCUCCCUUAACAAAUACAGGAACAGUCACCCUCUGCGGGAAAGGGCCCGGAAACUCUCCCAGGGUAUCCUCAUUAUCCGGUUUGAGAUGCCAUAUAACAUCUGGUGUGAUGGUUGUGGGAAGCACAUUGGAAUGGGUGUCCGGUACAAUGCAGAGAAGAAGAAAGUUGGGAACUACUACACAACCCCUAUCUACAGGUUUCGGAUGAAGUGCCAUUUGUGUGUGAAUCACAUUGAGAUGCAGACUGACCCAGCGAACUGUGACUAUGUGAUUGUGAGUGGAGCACGGAGAAAAGAGGAGCGAUGGGACAUGAAGGACAAUGACCAGAUUUUAACCACUGAACAUGAGGAGAAGAAGAAAUUGGAGACUGAUCCAAUGUACAAGCUGGAACAUGGAGUGGGUGACCAGGAGAAGCUGAAGAUUGCUGUUCCCACCUUGUCCAAUAUUCAGGAGAUGCAGAGUGCCUGGAAAGAUGACUUUGCUAUUAACAGCAUGCUGCGCAAGAAAUUCCGGGAUGAGAAGAAGGUGUUGAAAGAGUUGGAAGAGAAAGAUGAAGCACUACGGAACAAAGCAUGUCUCAGCAUCCCUCUGGUUCAGGAGUCUGAGGAUGAUAAACACCUGGCUUCACUUCUUAAAUUCCGCGCUAUGGACUCCUAUGAGGACAAGCAGAGAAUGAAACGGAAGGAAAUCACCUCACGGUCCUGGUUUGCUUCGCCCCAAGUUGCGGUGCGAGAGAGGGCUGGUGAGACCUUAAAAAAACUGGGACUGAGUAAAAUAUCGACAACCAAAUCGUUAAACAGCCCAAACGGAUUUGCUGCAAGUGAUCUGGGAAUAAUCAGACGGAAAUCUGGAGAAUGUUCAGCAAGCCAGAAGCAGCAGCCGCUCUUGGUCAGCAGAGAUAAGGACUCCAGACUGGAGAUGAGAAGCAGAAUCAAUCAAAGGGAUCAGGUUGCAGACAGUACAAGUCAAGAGAGUGACAACAGUUUGAAGGAGGAAGCUGGCUUUUCUCUGCAGAUUGAGGCUGUGAUGGACUCUGAUCGAGAUGCCAAUAGCAGCUCACUUGUUGCUGAUUAUUCUGACUCCAGUUCAGAUGCAGACAUUUUAUAAGCUACGCCUGAAUGUAAAUAACAGAUUUUCCUGAUUUGUAAUUCAUUGCUGUGCAAUAAAUACUCUAAUAUCAA